UUUGGCAGUGACGGAUGUUUUUCAUUAAGACGUAAAUUACAGAGAUUACAGAGGAAUUAAAUCCGAAGACGAUUAUGUUUCCUUUAAAAAUUAACAAAACUCAGUUUCAUGACGCCAUCUCAUACACACAAUUCUCUCAAACUUUAUCCACUCCUCCUUAUCACUCUCCUCAAAUUUCGAAGAAUGCAUGCGAUCGAUUUCAAAGAGAUUCAGGAGAAGCUCUCUGAUGGAUUCCGGCCUUGGCAACGCUCGUUUCAGUUCUGGGCUCGUGCCACUGACAUCUACACUGGAUACAAGGUUUCUCUUUGAUAUGAUUGGUAUUUCAACUUCGUAUGAACUUCGUUAAGGAUGUCAAUAAGCACGAGGACAUGUGGGAGAGACAACAUGAACUUGCUGCUCACAAAAUUUAUUCCAUGUGCUCUGACCUUGGUGGUUUCUUCCUUAAGAUUGCACAAAUUCUAGGUAAACCUGACUUGGCUCCAGCUGCGUGGGUUAGAAAACUAGUCACUUUGUGUGAUCAAGCUCCUGCCACAUCAUUUGAUGCCAUUCGAGUUGUCCUUGAGAAAGAGUUAGGUAAAAGCAUCGAAGAUGUGUUUGAAACAUUUGAUGAGAAGCCUCUUGGCUCUGCUUCUAUUGCUCAGGUACACCGAGCAAGAGUAAAAGGUGGUAAGAGGGAUGUUGUUGUAAAGGUCCAACAUCCUGGCGUUGAGAAAUUGAUGAUGGUAGAUAUCAGAAACUUGCAAAUAUUUGCAUUAUACAUGCAGAAAACUGAUAUCAAAUUUGACUUGUUCUCCAUGACAAAAGAAAUCGAGAAGCAGAUUGGGUAUGAAUUCGACUUUAAAAGGGAGGCCAAUGCUAUGGAAAAGAUCCGACGUUUUCUUUAUGAUAACAAUAGAAAGAGUCCUGUCCUGGUUCCCAGGGUGCUUCCAAAUUUGGUGACCAGAAAGGUUCUGGUGAUGGAUUACAUGAACGGAAUCCCAAUCUUGAGCCUCGGUGAUGAGAUGGCCAAAAGAGGGAUAAAUCCUCAUGGUAAAGUGGCAGAGGCGGCAAAAUUCAAUAUACUAAACAGUUUGUCCCAAGCAUAUGGCCAAAUGAUACUGAAGAGUGGUUUCUUUCAUGCUGAUCCACAUCCUGGGAAUAUCUUGAUUUCUAAAGGUUCAGAGGUUGCACUGUUGGACUAUGGACAAGUGAAGGAACUCCCUGACCACCUGAGACUUGGUUAUGCAAAUUUGGUAAUUGCCAUCGCUGAUAACAAUGCCUCAUUGGCAUUACAGAGCUUAAGGGAACUUGGUAUAGCUACAGUUGCCAAGUGUAAGAAUGAGCAACAAGAGCUUCUCCAGUUAGCGAAAACAAUGUUCGACACAGAGAUGCCUCCUGGUACGAAAACUCUGCAACCUUUCUCAGUUGACUCUUCGAUCAAAAAGAUUUCGGUUGAGGCAUUUCCAGAGGAGCUUUUCUCUGUUCUUCGCACUGUUGUUAUGUUAAGAGGACUCAGCGUAGGGAUAGGGAUAAAUUACUCCUGCGCUCAACACUGGAGGUCUAUGGCAGAAGAGGCUUUGCUUGCAUCCGGAAGACUCUCAACAGGUAGAAAGCACAAGCGUCGAUGUAAUUCUCUGAGAAGGCUAUACCCAGGGCGAAAAGAGAGUUAAUCAUUUCACCAGUCUCUUGCAAAUGAUUCAAUCUUCAGAUGAGAGUUAAUCAUUUCCCCAGUCUCCAUCUUUACAUUAUUUUCUGGAUACAGCUAAGGCAGCAAGUUGUCUCUUAUCUUAAUCGGUUUAGUUAGUUUGCAUAGUGAGUACACCUUUAUAAAAGUUUUGUCAUUAUAAUGUUAGAUUUGAGCACAAGGAGAUUAUCAUAAGUUUUAAAACUCUACUUUUGUGAGAUACACCAACAAAGUUUUAUGGCAACUAGGAAGUAUGAAUGCAUCAAAUUUGUGAGUG